CCGAAUGAAGAUCUAUUUUCCUUUAUAGAUCAAGUCUGAAUGCAUUAAUCGCGUUAUUUAUGCAGGUAUUAUGUGUUAGAUAAGUAUACUUCUAAUGCAUGAGCACACAUACCCCACCCACACGAAUAUAUACGGCCACUUCCACUCCAACCACAGCUUGCAUGGAACAUUCGGCCAUGAAGCUCAGGUGCCUAUAGUGGGAUGGCUCAUAACUCCGCGUAAAUCCCCGAGUAACGCGUCAUACUAGGCGCCGAGCACUGGUAUAAAAGUCGGAUGCGAGAGCUCUGGAUCACAUUAAUUCACACCAGCUCUCUGUGAACACGUCUGCAGUGCAAAAAGCGACAAUAUGCUGUUCUGUGUGGUUUUUGCACUCGUUACCUUCAGCGUGGCGGUGGCAGGGGAGCCAAUGGAUCUCACCAGGGUGCAGAGAGGCGCUCUGUACAUUCGGCUACCGGCACCGUACUCCACGGCUCCAACUCAGUGUUAUGACCCGCAAAUUGACGAAUACUUCAACGAGGGGGACGUCUGGUCGUCCUCCUACUCGGGCUGCAAGCUGAGCACCUGUGUCGACAUCAACGGCAUCCUCAACGUCGAGAGAUACUCGUGUCCGCUGGUGAGCAAGGGCGUCGACUUCAAGCGACUGAAGAAGGAGAACUACUACUGUCGCCAGGCCUGGGGCAACCGGAACAAGCAGUUCCCCUCCUGCUGCCCCAGUCUCCAGUGCAAGUACUACGUGAAGGGAAAGCUGAUGCCGCUGCCCAAACACAUGUACCCUCUGCUCUGAGCCUUAUUCAUAAAGACUGCACCGCUAAUCAAUAGUCAGAUUGGCAGAAAAGUCGUGUAACUGUAUCGAGCUUCCUAAAUGACCUGACCUGUAGUGUAAGUUAUUUGAGUGAAGUGUAACGGCGUCGUAAAGCGACGCUCGGUUUGUCCAAUGGUGCUGGAAUGGCAAUUCCCGUAUUACUGUUUCUCAAUGCAAUGUGUGCUUGUGAGUUUGUGUAUUUGAGCUUCGUUUGAGUGUGUCACUUUGAAAUGUUUUUAUAUAAAUACACAUAAUGCAAACAACAAA